GACGGAAGGAAACACUUUUUGCAAGGUAAACGUCUAUAUCAAGAUCGUUCUCUGUCCAGCAACUCACCAGUUCAUCUGUAGAUAUCACUUAGUGGAUUAAAAUAAAGAUUUAAAUUAUUGUCUGGACUGUUGUCUUACUCCGGCCUUAUCGUCGAGACGAAGACACACAGACACGUGGUCAGGGUCGACGUCGAGAGUUAGACAAGAUAGAUUGCUGUGUCAUUUGAAACAUGCAGCUGUCGAAGCUAACUUUUGUAGGAGCUCUUACAACCGUUUUAAUUACUUCUGUUGCAAUUUUAAUGUUCAAAAAAUGGAGAAACAGAUGUCGAAAAAUAGGACGACUUUCUAAAAUAAUUCUCUAUCCUGUCAAAUCUAUGGCUGGUCUGGAAGUGCAACAAGCAGUAUGUAAAGCUACUGGUUUAGAAUGUGGUCAGAUACGUGACAGAAUGUGGAUGCUGGUUAAAUCAUGUGGAAAUUUCUUAAAUCCAAUCGAUGAACCUCGUCUUGUAUCCAUACAAACCAGAAUAGAAGGCGAUCAACUGGUUAUUGAAGCAACAGGCAUGAAACAGUUAAGAAUUGGCAUUAUUUCAAAAAUAACUUCAGAUUCCAGAAUUAUUCCAUGCAAGAUGUAUAAGAAAACAAUAGAAGGAGUAGACUGCGGUGAUGAAGCUGCAGAAUGGUUUCAUAAAUUUUUGAAAAAAUCCGAUAUUCGACUGAUACAAUAUUUGCCAUAUUUCAAAACAAGGCCAUCCGAAUUUCAAAAUUUAAUAGAUUUAAACGAAGAUAAUUAUCCCUUAAUAUAUCAAGCAGGAAACCCGUAUCUAAUACUUGGUCAGGCAUCAUUGGACGAAUUAAACAGCAAAUUGGACCAAUAUAUAUCAUACAGGAAUUUCAGACCGAAUAUUGUCAUAGACGAAUGCAAUCCUUUUGAAGAAGAUAAAUGGAAAUAUCUGAAAAUAGGAAAGAAGGCUGUAUUGAUCAGAACAGUUCCUUGUGAAAGAUGUUCCGUGACGAAGAUUAAUCCCGAAGAUGGAACCGUGUUUAAAAGUGAACCUUUACGAACUUUAAAAACUUUUAGAAUAAGUAGAGAUGCUAAACAGAAAGAAAAAUUUGGAGAAAAACCUUUAUUUGGAAUGCAAUAUGGACUGGUUUCCGAAGGAAAUAUUUGUGUUGGAGACGAAAUUUAUGUUUUUUUUUUCGUCUCGUAUUUUUACGUAAGACGAAAACACGUGAUUGAUAUUAUGACGUUUACCAAAUUGCGUAAUUUUGUUUACGCAACCACCCCUUCAUUCUCGGCAUUCACUUCGUUCUACUUAAUAAUGGAGAUACCAAAAUUUUAUUUGUACACGACUUGUACUGCUGUGUUACUCAGUACACUUAUCUAUCUUGGAUUAAGGUGUUCGAGGAAGAGAUUUAGGAAAAUCGGUCGAGUUUCAAAGAUUAUCCUUUACCCGGUCAAGUCUUUAGCAGGGUAUGAAGUGGAAAAAGCAUUUUGUACAUCAAGUGGCUUGAAAAAAGAAACUUUUCAGGAUAGAAUGUGGAUGUUAGUGAGAACUUCAGAUAACAGAAACGUAACUUUGAUGACUGAACCACGUUUAGUGCUUCUGCAUCCACGUAUAGAAGAUAAUCAAUUGAUAAUCGAUAGCGAAGGAUUAGAUCCGUUAAAAGUGGACAUCAUCACUGACAUCCCUAUUGAUGCAGACGUCCAAGAAUACAAGAUUUAUGAAUAUAAACCUAUAAAGGGUGUAGACUGUGGCGAAGAAGCUGCAAAAUGGUUACAAAAGUUUCUAAAUAGAGACGACAUUCGCUUAAUACAGUUUCUUCCAAUCUUCGAAACAAGGCCGUCUACUUUUAGUAAUUUAGUAAAUUUGAACGAAGAUAAUUAUCCCGUAGUAUUUCAAUCGGCUAGUCCUUAUCUUCUACUCAGUCAAGCAUCUGUGGAUGAUCUGAAUGGCAGAUUAGAAGAUGAAGAGAAAGUAAGCUACAAGCAUUUUCGAGCGAAUAUUCUCUUAGAUGAUUGUAAACCUUUUGAAGAGGAUAAAUGGAAAUACUUGAAAAUAGGAGAAGCUAUAUUGAUCAGGACUAUUCCUUGCGAUCGUUGUGCAAUUACUAAAGUUAAUCCAGAAACUGGCAUUAGAAGUAAGGAAGAACCUAUAAGAACUCUGAAAAAAUAUAGAUUAGCUAAGGAUCCUAAAGAGAAGAAGGUAUUUGGACAGAAACCAGUAUUUACUAUGAAUUAUGGUUUGGUAACUGGAGGAGAGAUAUGGGUUGGCGAUGAAGUCUACGGCUCAAAUUGACAUUUUUAAUAAUAAUAAUAUCCGUUAGAAUAAAUAGAAUAGGAAUAAUUUUAUAUAAAACAAUAUUUGCCAUGAAUAUAAAUUGAAAUCUCGUGUUAAAUUCACAUUAUCAUUGUUUAAAUUUUAAAAUUUACGCUGAAAUUUUAAU